UACUGUAGAAAACUGCUGCUUCCAACUCUAUCGUCUUCCCCUCUAUUGUCUAUUGUGAAAGCUUUCUUCUGUGAAGCAAAUGGCAGCUCUGCAGAGCUCGUUUACAUCUCUUUCGAUCUCCUCCAACUCAUUCUUUGGCCAACCUUUUUCUCCUACUCUCUGCCCUCCUCUGGUCAAAUCAAUACAAAGUCCAGCUACCAUUGUUGCCAAGCUUAAGCGAUGGGAACGGAAGAAGUGUAAGCCAAACAGCCUCCCGGUGCUACACAAAAUGCAUGUGAAAUUGGGAGAUACAGUAAAAGUGAUAUCCGGCCACGAUAAAGGUAAGGUUGGAGAGAUCACUGAGAUUAUCAAGCACAACAGCAAAGUCGUCGUAAGUGAGAUAAACUUGAAAACCAAGCAUGUGAAGAGUAGAGAUGAGAAUGAACCGGGCCAAAUAAUCAAGGUUUUCAAUUUCUUUCCUUCUCACUGUAUCUAAUUUUCCUAAAAGUUA